UUGUCUUCCCAUUUGCACCCACCACCCUCAUUCCCCUCAUUUGACAUGGCCACCGCAAUCGAGAUCCCCGCACAACCCCCUCAAACCAUCCCCGAGUCCGCCACAACUCUCCCACCCUCCCAACCCACUCCAUAUGCUCUAGCCCGCGAAUCCCUCGAUCGCGAUGGCUUCGUCGUGCUCCCAGCCUCCCUCUUCCCCUCAUUCGAUCUCGACUCCCUACGUGCCGCAGCAGCUCGUCUAACCACGACCGCGCGCGCAGGCAAAUGGCCCUACAUCCGCACGCUCCCCAAGCAAUUCCCACCAUGGACGUCGGACGUCUCGCAGGGGAUCUGGGGAGUGCAGCACCUGAUGCACCCAUCUAACCCAGACCAUCUCACGUUUGCCAAAUCCUACUUCGACGCCGAGCUCCUCAAGUACGUCGCCGCACUCAUUGGGUGCAACGAGGACGAGAUGGUCAUGGAGCUGUACAACAUGUUGGUACGGCCGGAUCAUGCGUGGAGUUUACGUUGGCAUAGAGACGACAUUGCCGCGGAUGCCACCGAUGAUGAGGAGCUCGAGAGAUUGGGAAAACCGGGAUACCAUGCGCAGUGGAAUCUUGCCCUCUACGAUGAUGCGUCGCUGAUUGUGGUACCGGGAAGUCAUAAACGUGCUCGCACGGCCACGGAACGGGGCGCGGAUCCGUAUGAAGCGCAUAUUCCUGAUCAGAUGGUCGUUGAGUUGAAGGCUGGCGAGGUUGUGUUUUACAAUAACAAUAUACUGCACAGAGGGGUCUACGAUGAGACCAAGGAGCGCAUGACAUUGCACGGGAGUAUUGGGACAACUCUAGGUAGUGCGGAGCGUGCGAGAAACGUACUCCAGCAUGGAGUCGGGGGUUGGGUGAAGGACUAUAACUUUGCUGAUUUUGAUCCGGAUAUGGAGAAAAGGGCAAGAGGAAUGAGGGAGAGACUUGUCGAAUUGGGAAAGAAGAGUGGAGAAGUAGAAUAUUUCUCCAAGGAUGAGUAGGGCUAGAAUGACAACGAAAUUGUCUCAUACAUACUUGUAUAAAGGUAGCGAUUAUCUGGAUAAUGGAGCGUGGCUGUCACUGUGGAUACAUUUGGCAUUACAUAUCAAUGCUAAGGGUAUAUAACUUCUCUAUAAUCAUUUGUACCUUCACCAUGGCAACUUCCCAUUUGUAGCAUCGAAUGCUACUAAGACGACAGUGAAGUGCUUCGGCCGGGCUUUCAAGCCUUCACGACUUACGACGUGGAUUUAGUGAGGACGAAUCCGACUCUACAAUCCGACUCCUUCAAUACAUCGAGAAACACAUCAUCGUCAAGUGCCAGAGCAGCAGCGUCCAGAUUCUCCUUUUCGCUUCCUACUACACAUUCAUCGACCGGGUUAUUCCCCCCGCUCUUCUCGACAUCACGGACGUACUUCGUGUCAAUGUGUCGAUACUCCAUCAGCAAGGUGAGCUUGGGCUGCUUUUUCCUCUCCUCGGACCUGGCAAUUGAUUCUGCUCCGAGUCGUCUUCGUCCUCGC